AGCACGUGCUAUGUGCUCGCGUACAACGGUGGACUUGUCUUGAAUUGUGGCAAGAGACAAGGCACUUGCGCGGAUGCAGCAUCAGGAGGAGUCUGCUCGUUUAUUUCGUGUGGCUGGCCACCGCCUUCCAUUCGCCCCCCGCCCGUUGCUGCAGGAGUCCUCUCCCCCCCUGACUGGAUACAUGAAGAAUUUUCUGUAAACGACAUCUCCACGGCAAUAAUGGGCCGCAAGCUAAUUACGGCGUUGAUGUGUUGAUAUACAGAUAUUUAAAAUAUCAAAUAUGAAUCAUGCAUUUGAUAUUUCUGGCAAAUUUGCUCGUGAGCAUCCUUGCGCCCUGGCUCCAUCCAUCCAUAGCGUCAAUUGCUUCUCACGGAGGAGAGAAUGAGGGGCUUCAGAGGGACGAGGUGACCGCAGCACCGGCCACAGACAACACAAGUCACCACAAAGCCGAGCAUGUGAUCACCUACCCCUCCCGACUCAUCUACUACCUGAAUGAGGACUCGGAGAGCACUUACCACGACCUGGACACCCGUGCCAGGAAUCAGGCCACCGAUGGUCACGAUCAGGCGGUCCACCUUGCACAAGCUAGUUUCCAGUUAGAGGCCUUUGGCUCCAGAUUUGUACUGGACCUAACGUUAAACAAUGACUUGUUGUCAUCGGAUUAUGUGGAGAUCCACUAUGAAGAGGGAAAACCUGUUCUUUCAAAGGGUGGUGAGCACUGUUACUACCAUGGCCAGGUGAGGGGAAAAGAUGACUCUCAUGUGGCCUUGUCUACCUGCAAUGGCCUGCACGGGAUGUUUGAUGAUGGACUCCACGUGUAUCUGAUUGAGCCUCUGCAACAGACUCACCCGAUUGAUACAGCUGCGCGGCCCCACACCCUGCGCAGAACGCCCACCCUGCAGUGGAACAACGACCCGGAGGAGUUGGUGGAGGAGGAGCAGCUACUCUCGGAGAUGGAUGACAUGUCCUGGCUGAAGCGCAGGAAAAAGCGGGAUAUGCCAAGGAAUGUCUUUGAGGAAAUGAAGUAUUUGGAGAUUAUGAUCGUCAGUGACUACAAUAUGUACAAACGACACAAAACCAAGCAGCACACCAGGAACUUUGCCAAGUCAGUGGUUAACCUUGUGGAUGCUGUCUUCAAGGAGCACCUGCACACGCGGGUGGUUCUGGUUGCCGUGGAGAUCUGGACAGACAAGGACCAGAUUCCCAUCAGUGUGAAGCCGCUGGACAUGCUUAAAGACUUCUCCAAGUACCGGGCGCACCAGGUCAAGCAGCACGCCGACGCCGUUCACCUUUUCUCCAACGUGACCUUUCACUAUCGCCGUAGCAGCGCAGCGUAUUUUGGGGGCUUGUGCUCGGUGAGCCGAGGAGUGGGAGUCAAUGAGUACGGCACUUCGUGGACCAUGGCUUCAUCCCUAUCCCAGAGCUUGGCACAGAACCUCGGCAUCCAGUGGGACCCAGCCGCCAAGAGAAAGGAAUGUGGCUGUGUGGACUCCUGGGUGGGCUGUAUCAUGGAGGACACUGGAGUCCAGCAUCCCCGUAAGUUCUCCAAGUGCAGCAUCUCAGACUACAAGGAGUUUCUGCUGAAGGGCGGGGGGUCGUGUCUUUUCAACAGGCCCACCAAGCUGUACGAAUCCACCGAGUGUGGCAAUGGAUACAUCGAGGUGGGAGAGGAGUGCGACUGUGGAGCUAGAGCCGAGUGCUACAAGGAGUGCUGCAAGAAGUGUUCGCUCGCUAACGGCGCUCAUUGUGCCGACGGACCUUGCUGCAACAACACCUGUCUGUUCUACCCGCGAGGUUACAGCUGUCGCUAUGCGGUGAACGACUGUGACAUAUCAGAGACCUGCUCAGGGGACACUGGUCAGUGCCCUCCAAACCUCCACAAACAAGAUGGCUACCACUGUCAGGUGGACCAGGGACGCUGCUACAGUGGCGAGUGUAAGACCAGAGGGAACCAGUGCAAAUACAUCUGGGGCCCGAGGGCGGGAGGCUCCGAGAAGUUCUGCUACGAGAAGCUCAACACAGAGGGAACAGAGAAGGGAAACUGUGGGAGGGACGGAGAGAAAUGGCUUCAGUGCAGCAAGCACGACGUGUUCUGCGGUUUCCUGCUGUGCAGCAACAUCGGCCGUAACCCGCGCAUCGGCGUAAUGAAGGGCGACAUCACCCCCACCUCCUUCAACCACCAGGGCAGGCUGGUGGACUGCAGCGGCGGCCAUGUUCUUCUGGACGAUGAGACGGACUUGGGCUACGUGGAGGACGGUACGCCCUGCGGGCCAUCCAUGAUGUGCCUUGACCACAAGUGUCUGCCCAUCCAGUCCCUCAACAUGAGCUCCUGCCCCAGCGGGCCGAACGGAAAGGUGUGCUCCGACCACGGGGUGUGCAACAACGAGGCCACAUGCACCUGCGAUGCCACCUGGGCGGGGACGGACUGCAGCAUGCCCGACCCCCCCAAGGAGCCGGCGCCCCCAGAAGACGAGGGACCGAAGGGUCCUAGUGCCACCAAUCUUAUAAUAGGGUCCAUCGCCGGAGCCAUCCUGGUGGCUGCCAUAGUGCUGGGGGGGACUGGAUGGGGCUUUAAGGUUCGAGGGUGACAGUUUAGGCGGAAGUGGUGAGAGAGAAGCCAGGGCCAUAUUGUUGGCCCGCAGCCUUUGUGCCAUGGCUGGCCACACCCACCUGGAUGGCCAGGCUCCGCCCUAGAGCAGAGCAGGACUCCCGGACCCGCCCACACCAGCUGCCAUUGCUGCCUGCUUCACAGACCUGGUACAGACACGGCGCAUUGCACUGCAUGACCCACCACGCACAUCAAUAGUGCCACCUCCCACUGGCCUACUAUUGGAACAGGUGCAUGACAGACUGCUAGAAGCCCCACAUCAAGCCACAUUACGGGGAGGUUAUGCAGAACUCCUGUUGUUGUCGUUAACAUGUUGUUGGUGGUGUUGUCGUUGUUUUGGUUGUUCUUGAUGUGUUCCUCUUUCCCCCCUUUUAUAGAGUACAUUUGUGUUGGUUCUCUCUUUCCCCCAGAUGGUAAUGUUUUUUGAAUGGAACUAUUUUCCUGUCAGAUGUGCUAAUUGAGAGAUCUGUGUCUUGUCCUCGUGUUUUGGAAAGCUAACUGUAUGCCGCAUGGACUAGGGCAGCCUUUUCUCACUGGCGCCUGCUACAGCAGCUUAUUGUGAUCUCUAAUGGGAAUCACAAUAUGGGAUGUCAGAAAAAUGCACUCUUUGGGCUUUUUUCAAAAGGCAUUUAAGCAGCAAUUCACACACGCACACAACAUUGUACAUAUCAAUAAUUACCCAGUCAAACUAAUACUGGAAAUAGCAGCCCAGUAGGGAAAUAAAAUGAAAACGCUGCUGUUGUUGCCAGUGAGAGGAGAGUGGCUGCUUCUCCAUGGUUCACUGACUGUAUCACCGACAUCAGCGACACGCCAGACUUGACCUCUUAUCUUCUCUCCCCAACUCUCCCCCUGAACGUGAAGAAAUGUAAAGAAGCGACGGUAUGACCCCAACGCCAGCGCCAUAUAAAGCCCAAGGAGAGCUCAGAGGGCAGAGGGAUUCUACCAGGCUUCCCCAGUACUCUACAGCUGGACUGCACUUAACUGCUGCUGAUUUUUUGGCAUUAGAUUUACUUGAAAAAGACAGUUUAACAAACUCCCAUCUUAGUCAUGUAGAAAAGCCGCCUUCUUUAACCCCAGGCACCUAUCCACUCAUCUAACAACCCUCCGACCAGAUCUCUGGAGCCACAGAACUCCUCUGUUCUGGUGGUUAGUGCCAGAGGACAGACGUUCUGACGGGACCCCACACCAUUCUAUGACCUCACCAGGCAUGACCUCCCACACAGAGCGUGCAGCUCGCUGGUCCAGGCAUGAGGAGCCCUUCGCUAAAGGAACCUGCAUGGCUGCCGAAGCUAUGAACGACACACAGCAAAAUAAAAUAAAAAGAGAGAGAAAUUGCUAACGAAUCAUGAAAGAAUGGAGUAAAUAGCCUAAUUACAAAUGGGAAACGGAGACCACUUUCGAGUGAAGGAAAUCUAUACAUCAGGAACAUUUGUAUAUAAAAGAGAAAGUGUUGAAGUUCUGAAUGAUAACAUAUCCUUUUACACUGACACACUGCUUUAGUUUCUUAUUCUUAAGCAUGUUGUAUAGCGGGUGUUUUUGGCAAUGUUAAUGAAAAACGGUUCCGCAUUUAUGAUUUGGUCCAAAGCGCUAUGGAUUACCAAUACAAUACAAUGUAAUCAAUUACCUAUUAGGUGUUCAGUAAACUUAUCACACGCUACAUACUGUAUUUAACCAAUACAGAGGUCAAGGGUCAGGUUCAGUAUCCCUGGGCCCGAGCAGAUAUCGAGGGUAUACAGUUUUUUCUCUAGCGGUCGGGGCACCGUGACGAUAGAUCACAGAUAACCCAGUCUAUGAAUGACGUCAAGGAGUUCCGUAAGUACUUACAGCGGUUACUCCGAAACCAAAGAAUCAAUCACGUGGAAUGUUUGGAUUUCGUCGCACACAGAGCACUUUCCCCUUUUGUCUGCAGUCUGUGUGCCUCCGUCUCUCGGUGCUGCUGGCCGGCUCACAGCGUGUCUCCGCAGACGUGUUUUACCUGUGUGAUCGGGUGGUGUCAUUAUUUAACAGUCCUCAUCAACACCCACUAUACUGUCUGGCUUGGCCUUGUGCUCUCAUAAACUCUUAACUAGAAAAUCAAGUUCCGCUCUACUGGUACGCUGCAUGCAUUUACACUAUACUGGGCUUUAAUUCUAUAGGGGAGUCCCAAAAUCCGCAAGAUUAAAAUAUGCUACAAAAGAUAGGUGCAUGUCAACAAACAAAACAUUUAACUUUUAUUUCUAUGCAAAGAAAGAUAUUGCACAAACAUAUGGGUUAUUAAAUGUAAUUAUGAUAUCGGUAUAAAAACGGAACAAAAAACUUUUUGCGAAUCAGCCAACCUUUUGUAUUCGGACACUCCCACAUCUUGUUUCAUUUCGCUUACAGUACAAGUACUAAAAUAAAGAAUGAAAAAGCUUAAUUGAAUAACAUCCAUACGACAACUGAAAGGAGCAUCCUUUUACAUUUGUGAAAUUGAAAAAAUACUAUUUUUUCGGUGUGUGUGUGUGUGCGUGGGUGUGUGUGAUUUUCAACCGAUCAAAGAUGCCAUUUCUGAUUUGACAGACUGUAUGUGCGAAGCCUCGACAGGUUACUUUUCCAGGACUUUUGUUUCCAGUCCAGCUGACCUACAGUUGGUGUGUUUCAGGUGCUGCCAUGGCACUGGCAUUAUGUAAACCUCCAUGUUAAUCAUAAUCCCGUGUCCCUAACACUGCAUCAUGUACAGUUCGACAGACAAAUAAACUACUGAAGUAUUUUA